AAACUUAUUUCAAAUUAGCUUUGGAAUGGUCAAGUCAAGAUAAUAAUAUUGUAUAUAGAUGGACCGAUUAUGCAAAUGAUUCAACAUUUACAAAUAUACAACAAACAUCUGCUGCACGUGAUGAUUUAUCCACAAAUGUUGAGUGGCUUCGAGGAUUUGUUUCUCAACAUGUUCCAAAUUUAUUUAAGUCAGAAGAAGCUUUAUUUCAAGCUGAAGUUCAACGUAAUAAUAUUAUUAAUCAGGCUAAACGAAAGGCUAAAGAGUUACGAGAAGAUUUAUAUUUUGAUGAUCCUCAUAAUAAAGGAAUCAUUAAGGAAGGAUUACCUAUUAUAGCUAAUGGAUGGUCAGGCUCGAAAGAAAUAGUACAAGCAUUAGGUGUCAAAUUAAAUGAAUCACAAAAAAAUAUACAAAAAACCAAAAAUGAAUUGAAAACGGUCAAAAAACGUUUGCGUCGAUCUUUAGAUACUAUUCAUAAAUUAAAAACGCGUUUAAAAACGGAUUCUGACUCAUCGUGUACGAACUCAGAUUUUGAAUACCAGACUAUUGAAAAACUUACAGAAAAAGCACGAUUAGGAUCUACCAUUCUCGUUAGCACCAAUAUCUUUUUAGAUUUGGUUUUAAAUCAACCUUGCAUUACGUGUCAUAAUACAGAUUCUGCAAAUCGAACUGCUAAAAUCAGAGUUGAUGGAUUACAAAUUUGUGUUAUUAUUACCUGUUCUUUGUGCUUAGAUGAAGUUGAAUAUUAUAAUGAAAGAGAAGGUGAUGACUUUUCAAAAAGUAUAGCAGGUGCUGGUUUAAUUGGAGGUGUAAAUCGAGAGGAAUUGCGAUCAAUGUUAGCUGUGUUAGGAAUCACACGGCAGAAUGGGCAUCAACAAUAUUUUAAUAAACAAUCAGAAUUUUUUUACAAUUUAUAUCAAAUUGCGGAUAACAGUACAGAGAAUGCAUUGAUAACGAUAUGUGAGCAACUUCAUAAAAAUAAUCGAGAUAUAUUAGAAGUAUCUUUUGAUUGUGCUUGGAGUCAUGUACGUGAGGCUUCUCAAGCUAGUGGAGAGUUUAUUUAUAAUGGAAAAUUAGAAG